ACGGAGGGACAAAUACAAAGACAGGUACGCCCUCUGCUCGAGUGUGUGUCGGAGCAUGCCUGUGUGUUCAUGUGUGUUGGAAGCAGGUGGAUCACGGAUGCAUCUGCCAGCUCUUCAUCAAGCGUGUGUUUCGUGUGUCUGGAGCGCAUCAGCAUUCUGGAUAUAAUUCCGCUUCUGUGGAUACGGACACACAUUAGGACGGCCACAUCUGACUGUCGUUAAACAUCUGGUUCAUCCGUCCUGGGAUUUUCCACUGAGGAGACAUUAAGACAGGGGAAUGUGGACGCUGGAGAGAACGUGUCUCCAUCUCCUGCAAGAUUCCCUGUGAACCAGCAAUUUCCAUCCUAAAGAGCAGAGAAGCGUUUACUGCCUGUAACCGGUAGGAUGGUAGCAGGGGAAGUGAGUGGGCACAGCUUCCUGGUGGCAUGCUGGCAGCCCAUUCUAAUCUUAAUGCUGGGCACAGUGCUGUCUGGCUCUGCCACGGGCUGCCCAUCUCGUUGUGAGUGCAAUGUUCAGGAGCGUUCAGUCUUGUGCCAUCGCAAGAAGCUGAUGUCCGUUCCAGAGGGAAUCCCAUUAGAAACACGACUCUUGGACCUCAGCAAGAAUCGAAUCAAAACCAUCAAUCCGGAUGAGUUCUCUGCCUUCCCACAGCUGGAAGAGCUGGAGCUCAAUGAAAACACCAUCUCAACCAUCGAGCCUGGGGCUUUUAACAACCUCUACAGUCUGCAGACUCUGGGACUGCGCAGCAACAAGCUGAAGCUCAUCCAGCUGGGAGUGUUCACAGGCCUCAGUAACCUAACAACGCUGGACAUCAGUGAAAAUAAGAUCGUAAUUCUGCUGGACUACAUGUUCCAGGACCUCUACAACCUGCGCUCUCUGGAGGUUGGGGAUAAUGACCUUGUCUUCAUAUCCCACAGGGCAUUUCACGGCCUCAGCAGCCUGGAGCAGCUCACACUAGAAAGGUGCAACUUGACCUCUGUCCCGACAGAGGCCUUCACGCACCUGCACAGUUUGGUCACGCUGCGCUUACGAAACCUCAACAUCAACAGUAUCAGAGACUACAGCUUCAAGCGGCUCUACCGUCUCAAAGUGCUGGAGAUCGCCAACUGGCCCUACCUGGAUACCAUGACCACUAACUGCUUAUACGGAUUGAAUCUUACCUCCCUAACGAUCACUAAUGCAAACUUGACAUCUAUUCCAUAUUUGGCCUUGAGGCACCUGGUUUAUCUUCGUUUCCUUAACAUGUCCUACAAUCCCAUUCAGAUGAUUGAGGGCAACCGGCUCCAUGACCUGCUCAGAUUGCAGGAGUUGCAUCUGGUAGGCGGUCGACUGAUGAUGAUUGAACCCUAUUCCUUUAGAGGUCUGAACUACCUGAAAAUCCUCAAUGUGUCCAGCAACUCCCUUACCACCCUGGAGGAGUCUGUGUUCCAUUCGGUGGGGAACCUGGAGACCCUCGCAUUGUACGACAACCCACUGGCUUGUGACUGCCGUCUGCUUUGGGUUUUCCGACGCCGCUGGAGGCUCAACUUUAACCGACAGCAGCCAACUUGCUCCUCACCCGAGUUUGUUCAGGGAAAAGAGUUCAAGGACUUUCCUGAUGUGCUGCAGCCUAAUUACUUCACGUGUCGCAAGUCCAGGAUCCGAGACCGGAAACCGCAGCAGAAGUUCGUUGAUGAAGGCACCACCGUCCACUUCAUCUGCCAAGCAGAUGGAGACCCGACACCUGUCAUCAUGUGGCUUUCUCCACAAAAACAAUUUAUCACUACGAGAACGAUAGGACGGCUCACUGUUUUCCCGGAUGGCACCUUGGAGGUGCGCUACGCUCAGAUUCAGGACAAUGGGACGUAUGUGUGCAUUGCUAGCAAUGCAGGUGGAAACGAUACCGCUUUGGCUCACCUACAUGUCCACAGUUACUCUCCAGACUGGCCCAACCAACCCAACAAAACCUUGGCGUUUAUCUCCAACCAACCCAAUGACAACGGAGCCAAUGGAACAAGAGCAACAGUCCCGUUCCCUUUUGAUAUAAAGACGCUAAUCAUUGCCACCACCAUGGGCUUCAUCUCUUUUUUGGGUGUGGUUCUGUUCUGCCUUGUUCUGCUCUUUCUUUGGAGCAGAGGCAAAGGCAACAGCAAACACAACAUUGAGAUAGAGUAUGUCCCGCGCAAAUCGGAUGCUGGGAUGAGCAGCAGCGGCAAUGAUGGCCCUCGGAAAUUUAACAUGAAAAUGAUAUAAUCCAACCAGGGAGCUCAAAAGACCCUUUCAAAAAAAGACUCAAAGACAAAAAAACAGAGAUUCCCUGCCUGUACAACCUCUGGCUCUGACUAGCUCCCCAUAGAGGAGGGGUGUUUUCCCCCCUUUCUAAAGAUGGAUGUGCUGCACAGGGGUCGGUGCUUUUGUUCAAUAUUGAACAUGAGAGGGGGAAAAUGUCCUCGUGCGCACUCCUCUGUGAUGGCCGCUUAAACUCAGCCUACGGGGACCAAUAUCUUUGAGAGAGGAUUUUGUUUUAAAACACUUCAGUUCCUGUGGAUUUUUAUGGGCAAAAAAAAAACAUGAAAAAAAAAAGGAAAA